AUGAACAUGAAAACGAAGGUGCGGAACAGAAAAUGGAAUGAUGGCGAGUGUGAGGAGAGAAGGGUGGCUUUGCUCAUUUUCUACGCAGCCGCUGGUCCUCCACACAUUGGUUGCUCUGUGCCCAAAGGGGAACUAAAGCCCGACCAGAGCAUACAUUUAUUUUUACGAUAUUUAAACAAACAAAUAACAAAAAUAAAUCAAUGCAAACCUCUAAACCUGACCAUGUAUGUUUAGGAGCCCCUCUCACUGACAGCAGUGCGAGACCACCAAUUUCUCCCGGUCAAUAUUUGAACAGCUAAUUCAGUUUGUCCUCUCCGUUUGACUGAAAAAAAGCGAGUGAAAGAGUAGAAUGAAUAGUGUGUACGUGUGUGUCGUGUGUACACGUUGUAUGAGUUUAGUAUGUUCUUAUCUGUCUUGACUUGUGGUUGGUUGUGGCUUCAAAAAACGUGUGUGUGUGUGUGUGCACCCAACAGUGCAGUACUGGCUUGCAGCCGUGCAUGUAUAGACCUACCCAGGUUUCCUGUCUCCUGUAAUGUUGUUCCUGUUUCCUGUCUCCUGUGGUGUUGUUCCUGUUUCCUGUCUCCUGUGGUGUUGUUCCUGUUUGCUGGUCUCUACCUUGUGCCGUUGGUGCCAGAGCUGCUAGUAAAACUGCUUAGAUUAGACCCUUAUCACUCCUCCAGACCUCUACCAUGUGACUGACUGGGGAAAGCACGCCACGGCUGCAGGCAGGCAGGCAGGUAGGUAGGUAGGCACGCAGGAGGCAGGCUGACUGACUGACUGACUGACACACUCACUGCAGGACAUAGUCUUUCCCUAUCAUAUAAUUCAUUCAUGCUCUCUCAAUCAUUUAGUCUAAUUUUCUCUCUACACCUCUAUUGCUCUUUCCCUCUCAUACUGUUUCUCUCCCUCACACUUUCUCUCUCUCCCUCUCUCUCUCGAUAGCUUAGUGUUUGCUCAGGUCACAUCUUAUUUCUGGUCCUUUCCCUCUGCUUCCUGUACACUUAUUUUUAUUUCAUUGAAUCCCCCCAAAAUAUAAAUAUAGUGUGCAGGAAAAUAUUACAUUUGAAUUUAUAUUUAUGGAAAGAAAGUUUUGACAUUAGUUGGAUUUGUCAUAAUUUCGAUCUUGCUCUCUCUCUCCCAUUCUCUUGCUCUCUCUCUCUCCCAUUCUCGCUCUCUCUCUCUCAUUAUCUCUCCCUCAUUCUCUCUCUCUCUCUCUCUCCCAUUCUCUCUCUCCCAUUCCUCUCUCUCUCUCCCCAUUCCCCUCCUCCUUCUCUCCUUCUCCAUUCUCGCUCUCUCCCAUUCUUGCUCUCUCCCAUUCUUGCUCUCUCCCUUCUUUCCUCUCCAUUCCUCUCUCCUCUCCCUUCCUCUCUCCUCUUCCAUUCCUCUCUCCUCUCUCCCAUUCUCUCUCUCCUUAUCUCUCCCUCAUUCUCCCAUUCUCUCUCUCCCCCCCAUUCUCGCUCUCUCCCAUUCUCACUCUCUCCCAUUCUCUCUCCAUCUCUCUCCAUUCUCUCUCUCCCCAUUCCUCCUCUCCCAUCUCUCCCAUUCUCUCUCCCAUCUCUCAUCUCUCUCUCCAUUCCUUCUCUCCAUUCUCUCUUCUCCAUUUCUCUUCUCCAUUCUCUCUCUCUCCCAUUCUCUUCUCUCCAUUCUUCUCCUUCUCUCUUCUCCUCCCUCUCUCUUCCUCUCUCUCUCCCAUUCUCUCUCUCUCCCAUUCUCUCUCUCCAUUCUCUCCCUCUCUCAUCUCUCUCUCCAUUCUCUCUCUCGCUCCCAUUCUCUCUCUUCUUUCUCUCUCCAUUCUCUCUCCAUUCUCUCUCUCUCAUUUCUCUCUCUCUCUCUCAUCUCUCUCUCUCUCUUCUCCUUCUCUCUCUCUCUCCCUUCUCUCUCUCUCCCAUUCUCUCUCUCUCUCCAUCCCUUUUCUCUCUCUCUCUCUCCCAUUUUCUCUCUCUCUCUCUUUCCCUCCUCUCUCGCUCUCUUCCAUUCUCUCUCCUCCCAUUCUCUCUCUCUCUCUGUCUCUCUCCCAUUCUCUCUGCCAUUCUCUCUCUCUCUCUCUGCCAUUCUCUCUCUCUCUGCCAUUCUCUCUCUCUCUCCCAUUUUCUCUCACUCUCCCAUUCUCUAUCUCUCCCAUUCUCUCACUAUCCCAUUCUCUCUCUCUCUCGCUCUCAGACUGUGCCCCAGGUAUGUGUGAGGCAGGACGGUCUGGGGUUUGACUCUGAGCUGCAGGAGCUCUACUCAGCUGUCACGUCCUACGGCAACACCAACGCUCGCAAACGUAAGAUCUCUGAGAGACACGCCCCCGAAGAGGACGAAUCCACCACACAGGACCGUGGCCCUAACCACGCCGCCAGCAGCACCCAGCCCACAGGUCUGGACCUCUCCUCUCAUUGGUCAUAUGAUCUUUCUAAUCCCAUCCAUCUCACCAAGGCCUCAGAUUUGGACCUGUAUGAUCACAUGUCCUGCCUACACUCUUUUUCGCUCUCUCUCACACACACAGACACACAAAUACAGUACCAGUCAAAUGUUUGGACACACCUACUCAUUCAAGGGUUUUUCUUUAUUUUUACUAUUUUCUACAUUGUAUAAUAAUAGUGAAUACAUCAUAACUAUGAAAUAACACAUAUGGAAUCAUGUAGUAACCCAAAAAAGUGUUAAACAAAUCAAAACAUAUUUGAGAUUCUUCAAAGUAGCCACCCUUUGCCUUCAUGACAGCUUUGCACACUCUUGGCAUUCUCUCAACCAGCUUCAUGAGGAAUGUUUUUCCAACAGUCUUGAAGGAGUUCCCACAUAUGCUGAGCACUUGUUGGCCGCUUUUCCUUCACUCUGCGGUCCAUCUCAUCCCAAACCAUCUCAAUUGGGUUGAGGUCGGGUGAUUGUGGAGGCCAGGUCAUCUGAUGCAGCACUCCAUCACUCUCCUUCUUGGUCAAAUAGCCCUUACACAGCCUGGAGGUGUGUUGGGUCAUUGUCCUGUUGAAAAACAAAUGAUAGUCCCACUAAGCGCAAACGAGAUGGGAUGGCGUAUCGCUGCAGAAUGCUGUGGUAGCCAUGCUGAUUAAGUGUGCCUUGAAUUCUAAAUAAAUCACUGACAGUGUCACCAGCAAAGCACCCCCACACCAACCCACCUCCUCCUCCAUGCUUCAUGGUGAGAACCACACAUGCGGAGAUCAUCCAUUCACCUACUCUGCGUCUCACAAAGACACAGCGGUUGGAACCAAAAAUCUCAAAUUUGGACUCAUCAGACCAAAGGACAGAUUUCCACCGGUCUAAUGUCCAUUGCUCGUGUUUCUUGGCCCAAGCAAGUCUCUUCUUCAUAUUGGUGUCCUUUAGUAGUGGGUUCUUUGCAGCAAUUCCACCAUGCAGUGCCUUAGACCACUCGAGUGGCGCAGUGGUCUAAGGCACUGCAUCGCAGUGCUAGCUGUGCCACUAGAGAUCCUGGUUCGAAUCCAGGCUCUGCUGUAGCCGGCCGCAACCGGGAGACCAAUGGGGCGGCGCACAAUUGGCCCAGCGUCGUCCAGGGUAGGGGAGGGAAUGGCCGGCAGGGAGGUAGCUCAGUUGGUAGAGCAUGGCGUUUGCAACGCCAGGGUUGUGUGUUCGAUUCCCAUGGGGUAUGAAAAUAAAAAAGAAUAAUGUAUGCACUCUGGAUAAGAGCGUCUGCUAAAUGACGUAAAUGUAAAUGUAAUGAAGGCCUGAUUCACACAGUCUCCUCUGAACAGUUGAUGUUGAGAUGUGUCUGUUACUUGAACUCUGUGAAGCAUUUAUUUGGGCUGCAAUUUCUGAGGCUGGUAACUAAUGAACUUAUCCUCUGCAGCAGAGGUAACUCUGGGUCUUCCUUUCCUGUGGUGGUCCUCAUAAGAGCCAGUUUCAUCAUAGCGCUUGAUGGUUUUUGCGACUGCACUUGAAGAAACUUUCAAAGUUCUUGAUAUUUUCCGGAUUGACUGACCUUCAUGUCUUUAAGUAAUUAUGGACUGUUGUUUCUCUUUGCUUAGUUGAGCUAUUCUUGCCAUAAUAUGGACUUAGUCUUUUAUCAAAUAGGGCUAUCUUCUGUAUACCACCCCUACCUUGUCACAACACAACUGAUUGGCUCAAACGCAUUAAGAAGGAAAGAAAUGUCACAAAAUUAACUUUUAACAAGGCACACCUGUUAAUUGAAAUGCAUUCCAGGUGACUACCUCAUGAAGCUGGUUGAGAGAAUGCCAAGAGUGUGCAAAGCUGUCAUCAAGGCAAAAGGUGGCUACUUUGAAGAAUCUCAAAUAUAACAUAUAUUUUGAUUUGUUUAACACUUUUUUUUGGGUUACUACAUGAUUCCAUAUAUGUUAUUUCAUAGUUUUGAUGUCUUCACUAUUAUUCUACAAUGUAGAAAAUAGUAAAAAUAAAGAAAAACCCUGUAAUGAGUAGGUGUGUCCAAACUUUUGAGAGGUACUGUACAUUCUAUAAGAGAGCACUAGGGGGAGGGAUGAAGCACUAUAUUCUGUCCCAUACAUUUUCUGUAAUCUAGCUAAACAACAUAAAAUAGCCUAACAUUUCACUUCUUCUGCUAGUGCUGCUUUUAACAGAACAACUGGCGUGGGAAAGUUGGAGUCUCAAGCGGUUUGAUACAUUUGUUGCAACGUUGAUAAAUGUGUUGCAACUUUGCAGCUCAUACCAAGGAUGCGCAAGCAGCUCAGCUUGGUUUUGCUCGGCUCAAUAGUGUGAAGAUGGGUUUUAGUGUCUGAUUAUGUCCACUAUAGGUGUGAAUUGGGGGGGUUUGUUUGUUCCCUACAGGAGAGGUGAACCAUGGGCUGGGUCAGCUGGGCCAGGGGGAGAAGAGCCGGACUGGACAGGGGGACCGAGCCAGAACCACAGACUCAGAGAUAACUAAUGAGGAACAGGUCUGGUCAACUCCUCAAUGCUUCUGAUUUAUUGAUAAGCACUUUUACAUCAGCAGAUGUCACUAAGGCUGCGUUUACACAGGCAGCCCAAUUCUGAUUUUUUUUCUUCAUGAAUUGGUCUUUGAGCAAUCAGAUCAGCUGUUUUUCCAAUAAUUGGGCAAAAGAUCAGAACUGGGCUGCCUGUGUAAACGCAUCCUAAGGGCUCUACGGUAACCCAGCCUAGACCCCUCUCCCUCAGACUGAAGAAUAAAGGCUAUAAUGUAA